GUUGGUGGGGUGCCAGUGCCUGUGAUGUGUCCCGCGUAGCUCCAGGAGAAAGUCUCCCCUCCAACAAAAUCUGAACUGUCUGCCACAAUAUAACUAACUCCAAGUCUCAGCCGGCCCCCUGAGUUCCUCUUGUCUGUCUUGUCUUCGUCGUUCUGCUGCUCCUUGCAGAGGGCCUUGCAUUCUCUGGCUUUUGCAAGGCUCUCCUUCACGUUGCCUGCACUGUUGUAACCAGUCCCGCAAUAUGAGAGAAAUCCUUCACGUCCAAGGCGGGCAAUGCGGCAACCAGAUCGGCGCCAAGUUCUGGGAGGUGAUAUGCGAUGAACAUGGCAUUGAUCCAACUGGAACAUACCAUGGUGAUUCCGAUUUGCAACUGGAAAGAAUCAAUGUCUACUUCAAUGAGGCCAGCGGGGGUCGUUACGUGCCCCGCGCGGUGCUGAUGGAUCUGGAACCAGGAACCAUGGACAGUGUUCGGUCGGGGCCAUACGGUCAAAUUUUCAGACCAGACAACUUCGUAUUUGGCCAAACCGGUGCCGGAAAUAACUGGGCAAAGGGCCAUUACACCGACGGCGCUGAACUGAUUGAUUCCGUACUCGAUGUUGUUCGUAAGGAGGCAGAGAGUUGCGACUGCCUCCAAGGAUUUCAGAUUUGUCAUUCCAUGGGAGGUGGAACGGGAUCAGGCAUGGGGACGCUUCUCAUCUCAAAGAUUAGGGAGGAAUAUCCGGAUCGCAUGAUGGUGACCUUCAGCAUUGUACCAUCCCCAAAGGUGUCGGAUACAGUGGUUGAGCCCUACAAUGCCACCCUCUCCGUGCAUCAGCUCGUAGAGAAUUCCGAUGUGUCCAUGUGCCUCGACAAUGAGGCCUUGUAUGACAUUUGCUUUCGUACUCUCAAGCUCACAACGCCCACUUUUGGAGAUUUGAACCAUCUCAUCUCUGCAACCAUGAGCGGCGUCACAUGCUGCCUCCGCUUCCCCGGUCAGCUGAAUUCCGAUCUGCGGAAGCUGGCCGUCAACCUAAUACCAUUCCCCCGCCUCCACUUUUUCAUGACCGGCUUCGCUCCGCUCACUUCCCGCGGCUCCCAGCAGUACCGAGCUCUGACCGUCCCCGAGCUCACCCAGCAGAUGUGGGACGCCAAGAACAUGAUGUGCGCCGCGGAUCCUCGCCACGGCCGCUACUUGACCGCAUCCGCCAUGUUCCGCGGAAGAAUGAGCACCAAAGAAGUGGACGAGCAAAUGCUCAACGUCCAGAACAAAAACUCCUCCUACUUCGUGGAAUGGAUCCCCAACAACGUCAAAUCCAGCGUCUGCGACAUCCCCCCGAAAGGUCUCAAGAUGUCCGCCACCUUCGUCGGCAACUCCACCGCCAUCCAGGAGAUGUUCAAGCGCGUGAGCGAGCAAUUCACUAGCAUGUUCCGGCGCAAGGCUUUCUUGCAUUGGUACACGGGCGAGGGCAUGGACGAGAUGGAAUUCACGGAGGCGGAGAGCAACAUGAACGAUCUGGUGUCCGAGUACCAGCAAUACCAGGAUGCCUCCGCCGACGAGGAGGGCGAGUUCGAGGAGGAAGAGGAGGCGGCUUGAAUAUACCACAUGUGGAUAUAUAUAAUCAUCCGCAAUAUUUCAUCCAUACAUGAUCGUUCAUCCAUCCUUCUCCGUCUCAUACAAUUUUUGUUGGGGCCAGUCCUCAUUCUACUCAUUCUGCAAGCUGUUUUAUCAAGCCAGGCUCCAUUCUGCUCUAAUUUUUUGUUUACAACUCCAAGAAGCUUGUUACGCUAGACCUUGAUAUGAAGAGGAAGAAGUGGAAUUCUAUCUAAUGAAGAACCUACUAUGUGAUUACUUAUCUAAUUUUUUUAUCAACGUACUACCAUUAACUUUUCAGUGGCUGUGGUUCACGAUUAUUCUCUUUGAAACAUUUUCUUUUUCAUGCGUCGUUUGAAAAAUUUGAUGUGUUUAUUUUUAUGAAAAUUAAUUUAGUAUUUGUGUUGUAUUUUUAAAAAUACCAAAACAAUUAUGGAAUAAGAGUUCAUGUUUUUUUU